AUGGAAGGCUUGCCCUAUCCACCCAACAAAGGAGGCACCAGUGCAGAUGACUGCCUGGCUGGUGUGAAAAUCAGUGGUAGCCACAGAGGUGGUGGAGAGAUUGCCAGUAGCACCCAGCCUCCCUACAUGACCCUGGUUGUCCCCUUCUCUGGGAUCAUCCAAGGGGGUCUCCAAGAGGGACUUGACAUCACUGUCAAUGGGGCCGUUUUAGCCUCCAGUGGAACCAGGUUUGCCGUCAACUUUAAGAUUCGCUGCAGUGACAAUGACACCCUUCACUUCAACCCACGGUUUGAAGAGGUGGUGUGUGUGUUCUGCAACACGAAGCAGAAAGGACGCUGGGGGCCUGAGGAGAGGAAGACGCCACUGUCCUUACAGAGGGGGAGUCCCUUUGAGCACAGCGUCCUGGUGCAGAGCUCCCAUUUCCAGAAGCAAGCAAUCAGCCACAAGGUGCUGAGAGCCCCUGAACCGAAUUACCCGUGCAGAGCAGACGGGAGGCCUGGAGUCGGUGGGGCUGCCGUGGGUGGAGGGGCAGUGGAGCAUCCCCUCUGGAAUGUGUGGGGCCCGUGUGUGUGUCACUCCCACCUGAAUUUCCUAGUCCCUUUUCAACAGAAUCCCGCAGUCCCACCUCCGGCAUAUCCCAACCCAGCCUACCCGCUGCCUUUCUUCACCAGCAUCCCGGGUCGGCUGUACCCCUCCAAGAGCAUCAUCGUCUCGGGCACCAUCCUGCCCAGUGCUCAGAGGUUCCACAUCAACCUGUGCUCUGGGAGUGACUUCGCCUUCCACCUGAACCCCCGUUUCGAUGAGAACACUGUGGUCCGCAACACGCAGAUCAAUUGCUCUUGGGGACCUGUGGAGCGAAGCCUGUCUCAAAAACUGCCCUUCACCCGGGCCUGGUGCUUCUCGGUGUGGAUCCAGUGUGAAGGCCACUGCCUCAGGGUGGCCAUGGAUGGUGGGCACCUGUGUGAAUACCACCACUGCCUGUGGAACCGGCCCGCCCUUAACAACCUGGAGGUGGCGGGUGACAUCCACCUGACCCAUGAGCGGACAUAGGCGGGAUCCCUGCCCUGGUGACGGGGCUGGGGCAUGUUGCUGUCUGGACUGCUCAUCACCUCCACCUUCCCCGACCCUGCCCCAGCCCUUCCCAGCCUGCCGAGGAUCUCUGCUGGGGAGACCACGUCCUUGUCUGGCCCUGCUGAGGCUGCAGCCAGCCUGGAGUGGCGAGGGCAGCUGGCUGGGACUGCCUCCCUCGGUUGGGGCGGGACCUGGGGCUCCAGCUGCCCAAGUCCUACCAUCCGAGGAGAG